GGAUGACUAAUGCUGAAGUGCUGCACCAGGUGGAACAUGGCUAUCGCAUGCCCUGCCCACAAGGCUGUCCCAAAGCACUGUAUGAAAUCAUGCUGGACUGUUGGCGCAAGGAGGAGAUUGAGCGGCCAACUUUUGAAACCCUGCAGUGGAAGCUGGAAGAGUUCUUCUCCAUGGAUCCCAAAGAAUAUAGAGAG